AUGAAAGAAAUUGUGUUAGUUGUAACGAUUGUGUUUCUUAUUCUUACAUAUUGCAACGGAUUUCUUUUCGAUAAAAAAGGACUUUUCUUUGUCCCGUCUGUCGCAUUUCGUACUCGUUCUUCUACAUCAAAUUGGAUUUUAUAUAAUCAAGGAUGGUACUACGAAGAGAACCCGAUUCAAGCUUUACUCGUGGAGAAAACUUUCGAGCUGAUUGUUCAGAAAGAUUUAGACCGAAGUCGAAUUAAAAUGUUCACCGCCGAAGGAAAAAAACAAAAAACAGUUUGCAUCGAUGGUUUACAUCGCGAGAUGUGCACGACGACAGAUGAUAAUGGUCUGAUAAAGAAUAAAUUUACAGUAACCAACGAUGAAAUCCAACAGUUUCGUCAACCGGGUGGCAGUGCGGGUAAAGUUCUCUUUCAAAUCUCCGUUCCGAAUAAAAAUCUUCGUGCUACCAGUGAGAUCUAUCUUUGCGAUGAUCAUGGUGUUACGUUUAUCAGUGAUAUCGAUGAUACGAUCAAAAUAACUGAAGUAACUUCAUCUAUUCAAACAUUAGUGAAUACUUUUAGUGGAGAAUUCCACGCAGUUCCGGGUAUGGCAGAUAUGUAUCGUUCUUGGGAAAAGAAAUACAAUGCGACAUUUGCGUAUUUAACGGCGUCACCUGACCAACUCUAUCCGUUCCUACGGGAAUUCUUCGAGCGCGAGGGCUUUCCAUCGGGAUCAGCGCAUAUGCGUCAUUUUACAUGGUUAGAUGCGAAUUUUAUCUCGUUUUUCAUGUCAUCGAACUAUAUGAAGAGAAAAACGGAGAUCCUGCAUAUGUUCCUAGAAAAUACUCGCCAUCGUCUAUUCGUUUUGAUUGGAGAUAUAUUUCAAAAAGAUCCAGAUAUCUAUGCUAGUAUAUAUGCACAAUAUCCAAAUCGCAUCGCGAAAAUUUUCAUUCGAAAAUAUCGAGAUGAUCUUGAUGGACAACAACGACUUGAAACGGUAUUUGAAAACAUUCCAAAAGCCAAAUGGAAAACAUUCGAAACAGGCUCUGAUCUCCCACAAGAUGUUUUUUCUUAG